AUGGAGGCCCGGAGCCAGCCCUACAUUGUCGCACCUACGGUCGUGUCCUCGUCAACAUCCACCAACUCGACAUCCCCAUCAGACACACCACAACUCAUCGCGGGGUCCGCGUCCUAUGCCCCAGUGGGUCAAGGGUCAAGCUUCAUGGGAAUGGAUGGUCAAGUCCGCACACCUUACCAGGCCCAGGCCCACCAACUGCCCGGCGACUCGGCCCGAGAUGGGGACACCGCACCGGGGACUGGCAACCCACCCGAGUUUGCCCCGGACGGGCUGCAACCCAUGGACAACGAGUCCAAUCUCUCUGCCAGCCCAUUGAUCAGGACAGGAGCUGCAUGGCCUGAAUAUUCCCCUACACCGACAGAGCAGCCCUGGUUGACAGAGUUUUUACUGUCCGUGACAAAACCGGAUCAGCCCAGCGCCCAGUUCGUGUCGCCACUGGCCACCAACUUGGACUGGGGUUUUGCAGACUUGAACGUAGACAUCCUUGGCCCUAUCGCUGCUCGGUCAUCGAGUCCGGGACGAUUGCCUGUGCGACACGAUGGCCUGAUGAUGGCUGUCUUUCCUGAAGAGGUGGGUGGUGCAGGCAACCACCCGCAGUUCCAUCACUCGCAGGUGGAUGGUGGUUCCUGGCCACAGGUGUACCACUCCCACACGCCAGGCGUUGGUGCCCAUCUGCCCCACACGUCAGGGCAUGGUCUUGAUUUUAUCGCUCCUCCAGGGAGGACUGUCAAACCCACGGCAAGGCUCAUGAUGCACACGCUCGCCACCCACGCACACCGUCCAAUGUGGUCACCACCCGACCUUCGGAACUUGCCCUCCGAGACUGUGCUCACCUCAUGCGUCAACCUCUACCUAGCCCAUUUCGCGACAUGGCUGCCGAUCGUCGAUUCCCCUAGUGGCAGGUUUAUGACCGACAAGGCAGCGCCUCUGCUACUCAAAGCCAUGGCGGCUGUGGGAUCGGUGUACGCACGGGAUGGUUUAGAACGACUUGCUGCUCCACUCGCCGAGAUGGCCAGAAGAGAAAUAUUGUUCAUUCGCUUCGUGUACGAGCUCGGGGUUGUCCAAUCUUCGCUCCUGCAAGCUGUUUAUGGACUGUACAGUGGAUCGCCAAAGCUUCUGCAGCAAGCUGAGACUACCCGAGCUCAACUGGUGGCAUCGUGCAAGGGAAUGAACUUGCUCGAUUCGCAGGUUUCAGUGGUGGACCAGGUUGGGACGUCGAGUGUCACCCCAGACGACAUUGGCAGGGCCCUGAAGAUGGAUCACAGGCGACGCAGGCUGGGCUGGUGCAUCUUCCUAUUUGAUGCUCAAAUGGCGUGCAUGUUUGGGACGCCUGCUGCGAUUUCCAUGUCGGAUGUCAAGGCGCCACUGCCAACUGUGGCACCGGAUCCUCGUCCCGCCCAGCCACUGUUUGCCCAAACCAUGGCUGUGCUGCUUGAGAAGGGAACUAUUCUUCAACCAUUGGACGAUAUUGGGUUUAGCUGUAUUGCACUUUGUCUCGAGGCAGCGGCGAGCCAGGCGUUCGGUCGCACACCCCCUGGAAAGUACACCCUUAGAACCACGUACGACAUUCAUCCCCAGGCGGUUCUUGACCAGCUUGCACGCCACACGCUCAACUCACCCGCACCGACACACCUCGCCGUCUCGUGUGCUGCCCUCGCCUAUCACGCCCACUUGCACUUCACAGACCCCAAUCUCCUCGACCAAAUCAAACUUGCAGCAGGGAAAGGUAGCGCUGAAAUUAAGGAAAGCGCGCGCAUGCGGAUAAGCGGUUGGAUCAAAGGGAAUCCUGCCGCUGCACGACAUGUGUUCGCCAAUGCCGCCAUGUUGAGUGCACUCAUGAACCAGUUCCCUUUUGACACACCUACCGAACUCGUUUGGGUGUUCGAUGCAGCCCUCUGUAUGUGGGCCUGCGUCCGGUUCUCCGAUCUCUGUCUACCACGCGAUCCCAGUGCAUCUGUCCCCAUUACCUGGUCUCCAACUCCUGCGUUGGACGCUUGGGUCGAGACCGGAGACGCAGGGCUUAUUUUGCCAGGAAUUGGUAGCCUGCCAGGGCUCCCGUGGGCCGCCGUCCUGCAGGCCGCUGCUGAUCGGCUGGAGGUAAUGUCCUGGGGUCUAGCAGGAAGGUACCGUAAGGUCCUCCUAGGUUUGAUGGCUGAGGCAUAG